UCCUGGGGGGCUGCAGGCUCAGCCCGGCGGCCUGGCCCGGCCCUCGCCACCGCCCCGCACGCGGGAAGAUGCCCCGGGGCUUUCUGGUAAAGCGGAGCAGGAGGGCGGGCGGCUCCUACAGGGUGCGCCGCCAGGAGAGGGACCCCCGGCAGCCUCUGCAGGCGCCCCCCGCCCAGGAGCCCCCGCUGGCGGCGGAGGCCGGCCCAGCCUUGUCCCCGCUCCCCAAAGCCGCCCGGGAGGGAAGGGAGCCGGUCGCCCCGCCGCCGAGCCCGGAGCCGGCUCCUGGGGUAGCCACUUGCCGGCCAACUCCGCCCGAGGGCCCGGGGGGCGCCUGCAGCGCGGCGGGGCUGAGGAAGGCUUUCUUCGAGCGCUGCCUCAGCUCGCCCGCCUCCGCCCAGUCCUUGCCGCCCGCCGAGAGGCGCCUGCUGCCGCCCCGCACGCCCCUCCCCGCGCCGGGCGGCCGCCUGGCCCCGGAGCCGCUCUGCCCGGCGCUGAAGCGGCCGCCCCGGGCCAAGGCGCCGGCCAAGAAGCCCAAGGCCCUGCGGAAGCUCAGCUUCGCCGACGAGGUGACCACGUCGCCCGUGCUGGGGCUGCGGAUCAAGGCGGAAGGGCCGGAGGGCAGGGCCGGGCCCCCCGCGGGCGGGCGCACGCCGCUGGGCGAGUUCAUCUGCCAGCUGUGCAAGGAGCAGUACGCCGACCCCCUGGCGCUGGCCCAGCACCGCUGCUCGCGCAUCGUGCGCGUCGAGUACCGCUGCCCCGAGUGCCACAAGAUCUUCAGCUGCCCCGCCAACCUGGCCUCGCACCGCCGCUGGCACAAGCCCCGCCCCGCCGCCAGCGCCGACGGCCCGGGCGCCAAGAAGCCCCCGGGCGCCCCGUGCCCCUCCGAGGGGAAGGAGAACAGCAGCGCGCCGCGCCCCGCAGCCCCGGAGGCGCCGCGCCAGCCGCCGCCGCCCGAGCAGGAUCAGCACCCCAGCGCCGCGGACAGCUCCUGCUGCCGAGACCUGAAGCCCGCCGGCCAGAGCGCCCUGGGCGGGGCGGGCGGCGAGGGGCUGGGGGAGGCGGCCCCUCCGGGCCCGAUCCCCGGCGGCAACGAGGUCUUCGUCUGCCCCUACUGCCACAAGAAGUUCCGCCGCCAGGCUUACCUGCGCAAGCACCUCAGCACCCACGAGGCGCCCCGGCCGGCGGCCUACAGCCCCCUGGAGCGGGGCCAGAUCACCUUCCCCUGCCACCUGUGCGGGGCUCACUUCCCUUCGGCGGACAUCAGGGACAAGCACCGGCUGUGGCACGCCGUGCGAGAGGAGCUGCUGCUGCCCAUGGUGCAGCCCGAGAGCAGUGCCGCGGAAGGGGAGCAGCAGAUCUUCUCCUGCAAGCACUGCCCUGCUACCUUCUUCAGCUCGCCGGGGCUCACCAGGCACAUCAACAAGUGCCACCCCACGGAGAACAGGCAGGUCUUUCUGCUCCAGAUGGCGGUCAGACCUGGCUGCUAAUGAGUAAGAGGGCAUGGGAAAGCACGGGCGCCGCCAGGGGACUCUCGUUCAUGGGCAUCAGAGACCCUUUAAACUGGUGUUUGAAAUGUGUAGUGCUCCCGGGGGAAGGGGUGGAUUUGGUUGUAGUCUGCAGCGUCAAUGACUCUCCUAUAGUUUGAAUAGUUGAUUUGAUAGGAUUCUUCAAAACCACCGGUAAACUAAACGAAUCCUAUCCAAGCUGUAAUUCCUAUGGAAAGUCGCAGUGUGUGCAUACAGGUCUACAAAGGAAAAAUCAGGACGGGGCAGGGGAGAGGCUGCCAAGUGGCAGCGAACGGAAAGUCCCGCUGCCAUCAUGCCAAAAGUUUAAGAAGUCAACCACAAGUUGACUACGAAUUAUACUUGCUGCCUUAAUGGAUUUAGACUGCAAUGUGUAUCUGUGAAUCCAAGAAGUGUGAGAGAAUUAGGGACUAGAGUCAUAUUUUCAGUAAAGUUGGGGCGUUGGUUCUAGCCAUGGCCCCCCCUUUACCAUUGAAAGUUAGUAACAGUAUUUUGAAGAGCUCUUAUACAAUGCUUGAAGAGACGAAAAGUAUCCAAACGCAAAAACCUCGGGCGGGCUGUGGGCUUUGGGGAGUGCUGGGGAAGCGGCUACUGACAAAGUGAAAGUAAAUAAUCUUCUGUCCUCUCUCCCCCAGGCUAGAAAUAAAUAUCCUAUUUAAAAAGAGUAUUAUUUUUCCUUAAAAAAGGAAGACUGGCUUAGUUAAACUGUUUUAACAGAAGCCCCAGCUCCUCAAUUUUAAUAAUUUAUCAUGAAGUGUUUUCUUCGCUGUAUCCUGUAUUAAAAGUACAUAAAGUUAAGUGUUCAUAUUAAGUCAGUGUCAAGUCCUAUAUAACUAGCAAUACUUAUGGAGAAUUAACCGUACUGUCUGCUGUUGGUUAUUAUUGGCUAUUAAAAUAUGAAGUGUUAACUGCUUGUUAGCUAUUUGCGCAUUUUCUGAUCACUGUAUGUUGUAUACUCUAGAAAAUGUAGUGUAAGCGAAACGCUCCCCUCUAACAACUGGAAAGCUUUUGCGAUUUUAGUGGGUUGCUAGUUUAGCCACGACACUACACAGAAAUGGGUACGUUCCUUGCAUUGUGUUUUAUCCAGAACAAGGGCAAAGAGCACCA